AUGGCGUAUUGGAAGGAUCCGCUCUCUAGACUUCGUUUUAGAUUGUCCCGUAAGUUUCCCAAGUUUUUAAACUUGCCGGAUUACAAGGUUACUGAGAUCACUACAUCUUAUGAACUUGAAACUGCUGCUAGCCUUAAAGAUAAAUACGAAUUCGGUUAUGGGGAGUACUCGAAGCUAAAUUAUGGCGCCGCAAAAGUGACUUUAACUUCCUGUGUUGAUAAGAGCGAUGAAGAGUUUGCGGUUAUGGCGAAAUUUCGUGGGAGAAGGUUGUGUAUGUGGAGAAAUAUAGACAAGAAAUGGAGUGAUAUAAACUUGGUGUUUGAUCCUCCUUGGUGUUAUCGGAAUAUUUAUAUUGAGGAUAUUAUUUAUCAUAAUAAAAAGUUCUAUGUUUUGCUUUCUUCGGGUGUUACUAUGACUGUGGAUUCCAAAUCGUUGGGUGUUACUAAAGUUGGACGUGAACUCAGUGAUCUGGACUGUGAUUUCAUGCUGUACUUGCUGUACUUGCUGGAGUCACAUAAUAAUUUGUUUCUGAUUGCUAAGUUCCCCGCAAAGGAGGAUAGUGAGGAUUGUUUAAAGGUUUUUAAGCUUGACGAAGAGAAUCGCAGAUGGGUUCGAGUGGUGAAUGAAUUGGAGUUUGAGGGUAGAGUGAUAUUCCUGAGUGAAGAUGGAUCAUAUUCUCUUUCAGCUAAAGAAUUGCGUCCAUGUAAAGAAAAUUGUGUUUAUUUUAAGAAAGAAAUUCGCGUUGGGGAAAAUCGUUAUCCAGGGGAAGAUGCAUGGAUUUUUAACUUGAAAACUAGAAAGGAUAAGAAACUGAGCAAAUUUCCAGGCUAUGCUGCUAGCCUUUUCUGGCCUCCACCAUCUUGGUUGAAGCAGUAA